AAUGUUUUCAGAGAGCGUGACACAGAGAGGGAGAGAGAGAGAGAGAUCCCUGAUACACACCAACAAACAGGCGGUUAACGGGGCACACAAAAAGAAGACAGAAAAAAACGGUCACAUUUCUCAGGCACCUGAAAACGUGCUGGUUAUUUUAGGACGCGUGUUGCGUAUUGACGAGUGGGGAGUGUUUAAACCACUUCCACUCUGGUCAUGUUUUACUAAUGACUGUACAUGGCAAGCAUCUGAACGCUCAGGGACCUCUGUAAAUUAGAGAAGCCCUGUGCAGUUGGUAUCUUACCACAGCCUGGCAUUUGCAAGGUGCGCAGACGGAGAGCCGAGCGGCACACACUCACCUCGGAAGUUAUUUUGGAUCAGCGCAACUGCGCUAAUUUCCUCUUAAAAACAUUUAUUACUUUUUCUUUCUUCGUCGACCGGGUUUCCUCAAACCCCCAAUGCCCCGCGCACACUCCUGUUGGUCUGAGCUUUUGGAUACACACUCUAUGCCUUGGCAGUUAUUAACUCUCACCUCUAUAUCAACGAAACUCCUCUGUGGCAAGCAAAGGCAGUCAGUCCAGAAUUAAACGUCCACAGUUAAACAGCACGGAACAGCUGAACAACAUCGAUCGACUAGGAAACAUGGAAAAUAGUCCUGGUGGUGGUGUUAUCCUCUACGCUGGCUCGUCCGGCAGUGCCAGUCCGAGUCCUGGCAGUCCUUCAAGUGGAUACCAGACCCAGUCGCCCUCCUCCCACUCGCAGCCUUCAUCACCAGAGGGUGUCUCCUUUCAGGAGAUUGGGGCCCUGAGCAAGAGAGGGGAACAAGGGGGAGGAACUCAUUCCCCAAGAAUGGUCUUCCAGUUUCCUGAAGUAAACAACGCUCCCGUUGCCCAGAUAACAACAGUAUCAUCGGCAACCUACAACCACCCCACAGUGGCCAAAAGACCUUGUGGUUUCACUGGCACGUUCACCAAAACCGGAGGUAUGGUGCUUCUCUGCAAGGUGUGUGGGGACAUCGCAUCUGGGUUCCAUUAUGGCGUGCACGCCUGCGAAGGAUGCAAGGGUUUUUUCAGACGCAGCAUUCAGCAGAAUAUCCACUACAAGAUGUGUGUAAAGAACGAAAAGUGUCUCAUCAUGCGCAUGAACCGGAACAGGUGCCAGCACUGCCGCUUUAAGAAGUGUCUCUCCGUGGGAAUGUCCAGAGAUGCUGUGCGUUUUGGGCGUAUUCCCAAACGGGAGAAGCAGAGACUACUGGAUGAGAUGCAGAGCUACAUGAACAGUCUCAACGAAUCAGCUUCCAUGGAAAUGGAAGUGUCACCCCCUCCCGAUGCCCCCUGCAGUCCGCAGAACCAGACAAAUGAAGGAGCAUGCUCCAUAUCGCAGUCUUACCGCAGCAACUUAAUGAACAGUGACGAGAAACCACUCAAGAUGGCUGCUGGCAACGGCAACAUCGGCUCUUUGUCUUUCAAGCACAGUUCGGCACAGGAGCCUUCCCGGUCACACUCGGCAACCCAGACUCAGCACACAGUUCAGGGGGAGCAGGCAAACCUGACAUCAAGCUACCAUGUCCCCACAACCUGCCCUGUUGCCCACACCAACAAUGAAAACUCCAACAUUGACAACGCCAGGUACAACUUCUCCCAUCAGAAUCAGUGCCCUGUCACCGGCCGCCAGUCAUCUCAGUCCUACUCAGCCAAUCAGAACAGCUACCAAGCAAGGGAUUCCCAGAACCAAAGUCCUUGCCCCUGGAAGCUAAAUGGAGGAGCCAAAGUGCUGGCAUGUCCACUCAAUUCAUGUCCCGUGGCGCCGGCCAGUCGUUCCAGUCAGGAGGUCUGGGAGUCUUUCUCCCAGUGCUUCACCCCUGCUGUUAAAGAAGUAGUGGAGUUUGCAAAGAGCAUCCCGGGCUUCCAGACUCUUAGCCAGCAUGAUCAGGUCAUGCUGCUCAAAUCCGGCACUUUCCAGGUUCUGAUGGUGAGGUUCUGCUCACUGUUUGACCCCAAGGAGAGGACCGUGACAUUCCUCAAUGGGCAGACAUACUCACUGGCAUCACUGAGAGCUCUUGGCAUGGGUUCCUUACUGGACUCCAUGUUUGAAUUCAGCGAGAAGCUAGGUUUUUUGGGUCUGGAGCCGGACGAGAUGGCCCUUUUCAUGGCUGUUGUGCUGGUUUCUGCUGAUCGCUCUGGUAUAGUGGAGGUGGGAGCAGUGGAGCAGCUGCAGGAGAAUCUAAUAAAAGCUCUGCGCUCUCUUAUAACCAGUCGCCGCCCAGAUGACAGCACACUCUUCCCAAAGUUGCUGUUACGUCUGCCGGACCUGCGCACCCUGAAUAACCAACACUCUGACAAGCUUUUAGCUUUCCGCAUAGAUCCUUGAGUUCAGAGAGCUAAUGCUCACUGAAGUAUCUGCUUUGGGGAGCCUUCCUGCUCCCCAUGCAAGCCUGGCCUGCCACACAAAGUACACUGGCCUAUGCAUGAUGGACAGUUGGUGUGGUAGCUGUGCCAAGUCUGACACUGUACGAGACUGAGCUUGGGGAAAAAAUAUCAGUGAAAGAUAUAGGCACAGCAAGAGGCGGAGGCUCCUGAAUUCAAACUGAUUCCUCAUCCAGUUGUUUCCAGAGUUGCUAAAAAAAAACUCAAAACAUAGACUGUGUUCUUCCUUGGGAGCCUGGAGUCGACAGGCCAGCAGGUCAUCAUCUCUCCCUCCUGGAGUUUGUCAGUUUUUGUUCUGAAGACCAAAAAGUAGAAUGAGCCUGUUGUCCCUCACUAGACUUUGUCCUCCUAUACCAGCUCACAAAGCUAACAAGAGGGACACACUCGCCCAGAGGAAAAAAGGAACAUGUACAAACAUUAACAACAUACCAACAAUGAUUUCUUACAGUACAUUCAUGCCACAAUGUGUAAAGGGCACUUUCCAUACAUUGAGAAGACCUCUGAAAUCAAUAUACAACAUAGCAAUAGAAAUGUCUGAUACACAGUUGGCGAGGAGAGUUUGUGUAUGCCCUGUUGAAAUGACAUAAGCUAUUUUCACAACAUGUCACCGUGUGGGAAAUCUUUAUGAAAAUCACCCAUUAGUGAUUGAGAAAUGUAUAACAUUUUUAAGAAAUGAGAGUAAGUUGCAUUGUAUUUGUAUGCGGUAAUCAGGGAGAAAUUAUUGGUCAUUUUAGACCGUGUCUGAUGGAUAUAUGUUAUGGUGUUUUGUUGUACAUUUUGUAUAUAACCUUUAUUCUUGGUUCGUACCCUUGUUAGAUUGCAGGUUCUUGCAUAUGUAAAUGAAGUUAGUAUUGAAUUAUUGUAUGAUGUCACAAUAGAUUGCUCUACAGACUGCAAAGAGAAUGCAGCGUUUGAACCAUGCACUCUGAGUAUAAACUUUUUGAAGAUGUAUAAUUGAAAUAAAUGUAUUGUCAACUGACUGCAUCACCUUGUGAAUAUUUUGUAAAUGUUUUAUGGUUCCACCAUAGAGUACCAUUAUUAAAUAACAUUAUAUAGCAUA